AGCACAUUUGCAGGGAGAGAAGAGGAUGCACAACUAUAAGUCAUUGCACUAGUGCAACUAUUUAGGGUCUCCCCGUUGCUGGGGAACAUGGGUGGAAGAGUGCUGCUCCCCCCCCCAAUUGUCCUGCUCAUGGAACUUCCCAAUAGGCCUCUGAUUAGAUCCUGCAUAACUCUUCUUAUGUUGUUUUGUGUUUCAAAGGAUGCUUUUUAAAGGUUCCAGGAAAAGGAUAAGCCUGAGUUUCAGGAAUAAAUGAGCUGUCCGGUGAAUUGAUCUGACAAAGCAGGGAUGUCAAGAGAGAAUUUCUUUGCUAGUAAUUUGACUUUUGAUUUUUUUAAAUUUUUUAAAUCACAUAUCAAAGUAGUCCUCAUGGAGGGGCGGAGGGAGGACCAGAACUUUGUUAGACUUCCUGACACUCCACUGAACACUCUUAACUCCAAUUUUCUGUUCUUUUCAUUACUCAUACAUUUUGAAUUACCAGUACAUAUGUGGGACACCAUAAUCUUUUCAACCUUUACAGUAGGUCCUCUAAAGGUCUUAAUUUGGCCCUGGGUGCUCUGUUAUGAGUAUGCAAAACUACACUGACUUUCAACAACAGGUUGGCUCGCUAGCCAUCCAUCAUUUGUGGUCUUCGCUUCCCUUCCAAUAACAAGGGGUGGCAGAGAAACUCAAUUAAGUUUACAUUUAAAAGUGAAUCGAUCAAAUUUGCACUUUCCAGAACAAUGAGAACCAAAACACAACCAUCCUUCGAAAGUUGCAUUUUUCUGAAUGCUAUGAUGCAGUUCUCCGAUUAAAUAAUGUUUACAAAACGUGUGGAAGGGGAAGCGUGCCAUAUUAGUGAAUAUGACAUUGCAAAUGCCUAUGUUAGCAAGAAUGGCUUGCAAAAAUGUGUACAUUACUUGAAAUUGCAUACAAAGAUGCAUUUAUUCAGAGAAAUUCACACCGAAAUGCUGAUGAAUUUUCAUGAUUAUUAUUUUUUUGGAAAAAAUCAAACAGCGGGAGAAAUGUAGGGAACUGAAUGGAAGAAGACACAAACAAUGAGAAACAGAAAGAUCCUGCCACCGCUACCAGUGACCUCAGGCAUGCACAGAGGGCAUGUGAGAGGGGGGGGAGUGGGAGACGGGGGCUGCUCUCAUUUCUGUAGGAUAUAUAUACAGUGGUACCUCGGUUUACAAACACAAUUGGUUCCGGAAGUCUGUGCUUAACCUGAAGCGUACUUAACCUGAAGCGAACUUUCCCACUGAAAGUAAAGGGAAGUGGAUUAAUCCGUUCCAGACGGGUCCGCGGAGUACUCAACCUGAAGCGUACUUAACCCGAGGUAUGACUGUACAGUGGUGCCUUGACUUACGAAUUUAAUCCGUUCCGAAGGCACCUUUGUAGGUCGAAAAAUUCGUAAGUCGAAAAGCGCCAUUGGAAAGGCGAUUUCCCAUAGGAAUGCAUUGGAAGCGGAAAAAAUCGUAAGUCGAAGCAACCCCAUCUAAAAAUUCGUAAGUCGAAAAAAACCUAUCUAAAACCACCACGGUUUCCAUUCGGAUGUCAAGAAAUUCGUAAGCGCGCGGCCAUUUGCCCCAUUCGUAAGUCGAAAAAUUCAGUUGUCAAGUUGUUCGUAAGUCGAGGUACCACUGUAAUUGCUUCCGGAAGUCCGUACUUAACCUGAAGUGUACUUAACCUGAAGCGAACUUUCCCAUUGAAAGUAAUGGAAAGUGGAUUAAUCCGUUCCAGACAGGUCCGCGGAGUACUUAAACUGAAAAUACUCAAACUGAGGCGUACUUAAACUGAGGUAUGACUGUAUAGGCAAAGGGAACCAUCUGUGUCCAAAGCAAGAUGGCGCAGACUUUUUCCUCUGCUCCUCACAUGAGCCAGUUGGUGGAAACUGCAAGGAAACAGAUACUGGCCAGCAGUGACUGAUGUGGUGUGGUGGAUCUGUGGAACGGCUCUUCUGACACCCAUCUCUCUACUGCUCACCUGGAUGCUGCAGGGAUGCAGCAGGGGGGCAAUGAGGUCAGGACCACAUGGGGGCACCAGCCGAGCCAAUCUAGCACUCCUGAUGAUGUGCCCCCACAGCCACACCAUUGAGGGGUGCUGCAGGAUGCAACUUCUCACACGUCGGAGAUCCCUACAGAGCUGGCACUCUGCACGGAGGUAGUGGCUGCCUACCUGUCCCCAUGCCCUUUGGAGCACCCACCUGGCUGGCCUCUGAUGCCGGGGCAGGCUGGGGGGGCUUCGGCGGGAGCCACGGGGACAUCUUCAUGGGAAGGAACGAGAAGCAGAUGAUGCAGGACCUGAACGACCGCUUGGCCUCCUACCUGGAGAAGGUGCAUUCUUUGGAAGAGGCCAACACUCAGCUGGAGGGCUGCAUCCGGGAAUGGCACAAGAAGAAGUCUCAGGGCACCAAGCACGACUUCAAGGAUUACGAACAAAACAUCUCAGACAUGCACGAGAAGAUUGAGACUAAACGGGUUGCCAAUGCGAGCAUCGUCCUACAGAUUGACAAUGCUAAAAUGGCCACUGAGGACUUCAGGCUCAAAUAUGAGGCAGAAAAGGCCAUUCGGCAAAGUGUGCAGGAUGACGUCGAGAACAUUCGCAAGGAACUCGACAACAUGACAAUCAUCAUAACAGACCUGGAAAUGGAGAUCGAAGCUCUCCGUGAAGAUCACAUCCUCAAGAAGAAGGAACACGAGGAGGACAUGCAAGCACACGGCGCUUCCAAGGACUUCAAAGUGAAUGUGAAGGUGAAUUCUGCUCCACAAGAAGAUCUGGCCAGGAUUCUGGCAGGGAUAAGAGCGGAUUAUGAAGCCAUUAUUGAAAAGAACCGCCAAAGCCUUGAUGCCUGGUUCCAGCAGCAGGUCGCCAGUGAGUCUAUGGAAGAUGCGCCCAGCCAGGAAGAACUACAGAGCAACCGGAAGGAGAUCGCCGACCUGAACCGCACUCUGCAGAACCUGGAAAUUGACCUGCAGAUGCAACUGAACAAGAAAUUCGCCGUCGAAAACACCUUGGAUGAAACCAAGUCUCGCUACGCCUUCCAGCUUCAGAGCAUCCAACACGUCAUCUCCAGAUGUGAAGAGGAGCUCAGCCAGAUUCGCAACGACCUCAGGUCUCAAAAUAACCAAUACAAGGUCCUCCUUGGAAUCAAAACCCGCCUGGAGAAGGAGAUUGCGACUUACCGCGAGCUUCUGGAUGGAAAGACUGAUGGAAUGACGGGCUCCACUUCAAGCUCUAAAGGAUAUGGAUCUCCCAGCCAACAUCUAACAAAAAUCAUUCAGGAUAGUGUGGAUGGACAAGUGGUUGCCACACAUACUGGUGAAAUCAAACGGCAAGCUUGAGGUCAGCACUUUGAAGAAAAGAAGCACUUGCACACAGGAAAGAAACCCCACAGGGGUCCAGCUUUCUACGAAAAAGAACCCUGUUCUUCAUUCACUGAUAUACUUUGGGAGCCUUGAAUCUAUUUUCCUCCUUUUGCCAUCUACAUGUUGUCACCCAAACCAAUUCUAACUUUAUUUAAUAUGAAUGGAAAUAGUUUGUCCUCUUCUCUCGGCUCCUACUUCUUUAAAGAGCACAAUACCAAUAAAUUAAAACUCUCAUGGAGUUAUUUUGUUCAUAGCAGUUGAAGUUUAACCAAUCGGAGAACAGGCUUUCAAAUCCCAAAGGCUCUUAAAUGCUGCACAAUUCUGUAUUUUAAACAGGUUGGUCUAGAGAAAUACCACAAUGCAAACUAUUCAACAGUAUAGGGUUUGCAUUAAAAGCCAUGAGGGGAUGGAUGCAAAGAACCACAAGCAGGA